UUGUUGGGGAUAUUCGGGCACGCGGCGAGUUCACCGACGCAAAGGAGCUGGGCAACGUGCUGCGGUGGUGGAUCGAAUACCGCAACGGACUAAAUAUAGGAUCGCGACGCAUGGAGGAGCUGGGCAGGCGUCUGGCAGAGGUUCUGAAGAUUCAGGUUCCAGUCGGCGACUUCCAUGCGGCAAAUGCAGGACGCUGAGGCAAAACUGGAUCCAGCCACGGUCAGUGUCAGUCUGGCCGACGCGGCCUUUUUCAUCAACCAGAAGAUCACGCCGCUGAGCCAAGCCGAUCCAGCGGAGCCUCAAAGCACCGGAUUCCCGCCGCGCUGCCUGCCCCCGUCACUGUCGAAGCAGUUCACCCAGCCGCAACUCUAUACCAUGUUCCUGAUCAACGGCCGGUCGAUCUGGAGCGAGCUGCCGAUGACCGAAUGGCUGGUGGGCGCAGCCAAGCGCCCGCGGAUUGCGACCGAUGCGGAGUAUGCAGAGUUUGUGCUGACGGCGGUGUCGCGGCACUGGCCCAAGCUCUCCGAGUCCGACCAGGCCAUGGCAGCGUCAGGUUCUGAGCUCGCAGCCGUGCAUGCGCACCAGCGAUGGCCAAAUGCUCAAGCCGCCGCAGACGUAUUUCCGCAGCGCCAAUCUGUUUGGAAACCUGACUGUGGUUGACGAGCGGCUCGAGCGGACAUUGCGCGAGCCGUUCCUGACGGCAAUUGGGGUGUGCAAGCACGUCGAGCUGCAGAUGGUGUUUGAC